AUGAUACUCUUUGCCCCCAGCGACCUGAAAGAGAAAUUGCUACAAGUGGAGGACCUGAACAUCGACGAAGCCGCGAAGAUCAUUAGCUCACAUGAAUCGAUUAAACUACAAGCCCAAGUGAUGGGCCAGGCUCAGCUAGAGGACAUGGAUGCGACCGCAGGUGUCAACAAGAUCCAUCACCGACCGCACCGUGGGCCACCACCGAAAUGCACCCGCUGUGGUUACACAGAUCAUGCGAGAACGGAUCGUAACUGUCCGGCUCGGAACAGACAGUGCUCAAAAUGCGGAGCGAAUGGACAUUUCGCGGUCAUGUGCCUCACGGGGCCGAAACGAAAGUUCAGAGAUGAAGCCGGCCCGAGCAAGCGCUGGAAGACAGAGCGGAUCCGAGAAGUUAGGACUGACGAGAGCAAACCACCUGAGAGCUUCAUUUUCAACAUCGGAGAUCAAAAUGAAAUGAUCUGGCUGAGAGUGGGUGGAGUUUUGCUUCAUGUUUUGGUUGAUUCAGGAUGCAAGAAAAAUAUCGUCGACGAGAGCUCUUGGAAGUACCUCAAAGCGAACGGUGUCCAAGUCACCAACCAACAAGUGAACUGCGAAGAAAUUUUCUUGCCGUACGGAUCCCAAGCUAAACCGCUGACGACCCUGGGUAAAUUUGAUGCGAUCGUUACGAUUGAUGACGGCGGGCGGAAGAUCGAGGAAACGGCGACGUUUUACGUUAUCAAAGAAGGUCAACAGUGCCUACUUGGCCGUGUCACAGCAACAAGUCUGGGAGUGCUACGAAUCGGACUGCCGAGUACGCAUGGCAUCAACGCAAUUGAACCGAAAGAAAAACACGCUUUUCCGAAGAUCAGCGGGGUACAGGUGGAAAUUCCGAUCGACGACUCAGUGACACCCAUCUGCCAACACCCACGUCGGCCGCCCAUCGCCCUGCAAUCUCGGAUCGAGGACAAAAUAAACGCACUACUGGCCAGCGACAUCAUCGAACCAGUCGAAGAGGGUUGUCAGUGGGUCUCGCCGCUGGUAACAGUCGUCAAGGACAACGGGGAUCUUCGAUUGUGUGUCGACAUGCGCAGGGCGAAUACGGCAAUACUGCGGGAACGACACAUCAUGCCAACCAUCGAAGAUUUCCUCCCAAGAUUCACGACCGCAAAGUACUUCAGUCGCCUCGAUGUCAAAGAAGCGUUCCAUCAGGUGGAGCUCAAAGAGGAGAGCAGGUACAUAACCACGUUCAUCACUCACGUGGGGCUUUUUCGGUACAAGCGGCUCAUGUACGGAAUCGUGAUCGCAUCUGAAGUAUUCCAACGCAUCAUGGAGCAGAUUCUGUGUCCCUACAGCAAAAACGUGGUCAACUAUAUCGACGACAUUCUCAUUUUUGGUUCGACCGAAAAGGAACACGACGACGUUCUGCGGGCAGUGUUGAACACACUGCACGAUCGCGGAAUCCUUCUGAACCAAGAAAAGUGCUUGUUCAAAGCUUGCAAGCUCCAGUUUCUUGGCCACGAGAUUUCUUCGGAAGGCGUUGAACCGUGUGGAAGUAAAGUGGAAGCCCUGCAGAACUUCCGGGCACCGUCGACGCCAGAGGAAGUCCGGAGUUUUUUGGGAUUGGUAACAUACAUUGGCCGCUUCCUCCCGGACCUCGCAACGGUUACCGCUCCACUUCGCCAGCUGACACAUUCCGGGGUUAAAUUCGUUUGGGGCAAGGAGCAACAGGAAGCCUUCCUGCGUCUGAAGGAUAUGAUCUCGAACGUGAAAUUGCUCUACUUUUUUGACAACUCGCUGCGGACAAGGGUAAUCGCGGACGCGUCGCCGGUCGCUCUGGGCGCGGUUUUGAUCCAGUUCGGCGACGAAACAGACGACUCCCCGCGACCAAUUGCUUAUGCAAGCAAGAGCCUGACCGAAACCGAGCGCAGAUAUUGUCAAACCGAAAAAGAAGCGCUCGCACUGGUCUGGAGUGUGGAGAGGUUCACCGUGUAUCUGAUCGGCCGAAGUUUUGAAUUAGAAACCGAUCACAAACCCCUGGAAGCGAUUUUCCAACCUACCUCCAGACCAUGUGCCAGAAUCGAGCGUUGGCUGCUUCGACUCCAAUCAUUCAGGUUCCACGUCAAGUAUCGGAAGGGCGCGGGAAAUAUUGCCGAUCCGCUGUCGCGUCUAGUUCAGCACUCCUCAUCCGAGAACUUCGACACUGACAAUCAGUUCAUGAUACUUGCUGUAUGCCAGUCAGUCGCAGUCGACAUCCAUGAACUCGAUCAAGCUACCAAGUCGGACUCGGUACUAGAAGCAGUCAAACAGUGCAUCCGCACCGGAAACUGGGACCCGCCGGAGGCCAAACCGUUCCAUCCUUUCAGAAGCGAGAUGUGCGUGUUGGACGAUCUGCUUGUUCGACACGAUAAGCUGGUUGUUCCUGAUAAACUGAGGGCAAGGAUGCUGGAUUUGGCUCACGAAGGUCACCCGGGUGAGUCUGUUAUGAAACGUCGGCUCAGAGACCGAGUAUGGUGGCCGGGAAUCGACCGAGACGUCACGCGUCGGGUUGUCUCGUGCGAUGGUUGUCGAUUGGUUGGACUGCCCAAUAGACCGAAGCCCAUGUGUCGUCGGCCUCUUCCGUGUAAGCCAUGGGUUGACAUAGCUAUAGACUUUCUGGGACCGCUGCCAUGUGGAGUGUACCUGCUGGUCGUCAUCGAUUAUUACAGUCGAUAUAAGGAAGUAGAACUGAUGACGAGGAUAACUGCGAAGGAAACGGUGCAAAGACUCGACAAGAUCUUUACACGACUGGGGUACCCACAAACGAUAACGCUGGACAACGCCAAGCAGUUCGUCGGAAUAGAAAUCCAAGAGUACUGCAAAACGCACGGCAUCUACCUGAAUCAUUCGGCUCCGUAUUGGCCACAGGAGAACGGACUAGUGGAGAAGCAGAACCGAUCGUUCCUGAAGAGGUUGAAGAUCAGCCACGCUCUGAACAGAGACUGGAAGCAGGAUCUACGGGAGUAUCUGGUCAUGUAUUACACUACACCGCACUCGACCACCGGCAAGACACCAACCGAGAUGCUGUAUGGCCGGACCAUCCGGUCGAAGAUUCCGGCGCUCAGUGACAUCGAGGAGCUCCGUCAAACACUGAAGAAGCCGAUCGGGACCGCAUUCUGA